AUGACAAAUCAUUUUCCGUGCUCUCAACCACUCCCAACAGCCUCGACCUCAAGUCCUGCUCGAGGCGCUUGCAACUUUUCUGUAUCUCAGGAAGUCGCCCAUCGCCUCCCGAAUUCGAAGAUUUUGGCCACUGGGAGCGGCAUCACACUGGAAGUUGCUCUUUUGGAGCCGUUCAUAUAUCUUAGACACUUCGACAUACCAAAAUAUGGCACAAAAAGUCCCGCGAUCGUCCGAGGACAACUAUACCUGAAACUCACCAAGAAUUCCAAGAUGAAAAGCAUUAGAGUAUGCUUUAAAGGACGUGCUGGAGUUGAUUGGCCUGGCGGUAAGCACAAAACGGGCAUAUCUCAGUAUUAUAUUCUAAUCAUUCUUUAUAACAUAGACAUCCCGCAGAAUGAUAAGAUCAUCACAGACGAAAUCAGUUUUACCAGUGCCGACCUCAAUGCCUUAGAUUCGGCCAACCUAGAUAUGACCUACCAUCAAAACUAUCUCCGGGCUGAUAUUCAUUCGCCUCGGUCCGAAGCAGACAUUGCGAUAGCACCUCCAACAGCCUUCUUACUCGGCAAUCAAAUCCCAAUUUCGGUCACCUUGGUACCCUUGAAGCCGGUCUCAUGCACGCAGAUCAAAGUUCACGUGACGGAAAAAACCCAGCACCUAGCCGCAAAGCGAACCUUGGGCAAAAACACCACGGAAAAAGACAUACUGCUGUUUGACACUUUAUCCGAGUCAAAGAGAGCCAAGGCAAAUUAUCUGCUCCCGCCCUACACUCAAACAGAUCCGGUCCGCAUUGUGGCACAACGAGAGCUUCUGUACUGCAAAUGCCCCAAAGUGUGUUAUGAAAAUAACGCCGAUAACUUGGUGCAGUACGGGGACUCACAACAGGACUCCUUCAUCAAACGGCAUGAUACUCAAGCAAAAGUCCAAUCCUAUAGACGUUAA